AUGGAAUCCAUCGCACGCAAUCAGGCCACCGCGGCCCAAAUUCAGCAUCUCGAAGAUGCAACAAAAAACCCGUUGACCGGACAGGCUUGGCCAACCGGCCAUGAAGCCAUUGUUCAAGAACGUCGCCGCAUGCCUGUCUAUGGGCAAUAUCAACAAAUCCUCGAUGCAUAUCACCAAUCUCAGGUGAUCGUACUGUCGAGCGAGCAAGGCUCAGGCAAGUCAACGCAGGUGCCCCAGCUCAUCCUGCACGACGAGUUUAUGAGCAACCUCCGAAUUGCCUGCACUCAGCCUCGACGACGAGCUGCGACCGAGCUCGCCAAACGCGUCUCGGAGGAGAUGGGUGUCAAUCUUGGGGCAGAGGUGGGCUACAGGGUCCAAGGCGACCGAAUGGUCGACGAAGUGAAGGAUAAGGAGACUCGCCUCGUUUAUUUCACCGAAGACAAACUCAUCCGACAGCUACUUGCCAGCAAGAAAUUGAGUGAAUACGCCUGCGUCAUUCUUGACGAAGCGCAUGAACGGACCAUCGACCUUGAUUUGCUUGUGGCCCUCUCGAAAAAACUCAUCAACACACGCAAGGACUUCAAGUUGGUAAUUAUGUCGGAAACAGCGACUGCAACUCGAUUUCAGGAAUACUUCGACAACUGCCUAUUGAUUCAAGUUCCUGGUCGUAACUUCAAAGUCGACAUUCUCUAUUUGCCCCCUAACUCGGCUGGACCAAGCCUUGUUGGUGAGGCCGCUGAAACUGUGAUCCACAUUCACAAGACGCAAAAGCCUGGUCACAUUUUGGUCUUUCUCCCCGGCGAGGAUGAGAUCAACUGGGUCUGUGGGCUACUCAAAAAGCACACUACGGGCCUCGACAUCUUUCCCUUGCACGGGAAACUAUCGAGCGAAGACCAGAACCUGGCUCUGACGUCUUCAAGUGGACGCCGCAAAUGCAUCGUAUCGACAAAUAUUGCGGAAGCCAGCCGCACCAUCGACGGGGUCGUCUAUGUUGUCGACUCCGGAUUGUCGAGGCAGUUGCACUACAACCCCCGUUUGCGCCUCAACACUCUUGAUAUACGGCCGAUCUCCCAAGCACAGGCGCAACAGCGUGCAGACCGCGCUGGUCUGACGGAGGAUGGCAAGUGUUACCGUCUUUUUAGCAAGGCUGACCACGACGAAAUGGCUGAGUUCACCGAGCCUGCUAUUCGCUGCCAGGCCCUCCACUCGGCAGUUAUCAAGCUGGUGAGCUUUGGCCACAGAAAACUGCUUGAUUUUGACUGGCUCGAUGUUCCUCACCCAGAGCUGCUAUCGCGCGCUACCCAAGAUGUGAGAGAUUGGGGUUUCUUGGACGAUACCGCCAAGCUUACCGAUUCGGGCAGGAGAGCAGCGAGAUGUCCCCUGGAUCCAAUGUGGUAUCGAGCCAUUGAGGUUGCGGAUAAACUUGGAUGCUCUAUGAAUAUGGUAGAUAUUGCAGUGGUCUGCAGCUCGCAGUCCUCUCUCUUCUUGCGUCCGGCUUCAUAUCGGCAGGUCGCUGAUGUGGCCAAGACCGCCUUUGCACACCCGCUCUCAGACCACCUCACGCUCGCCAACGCCUUCAAUGCCUACAUGAAUGCUCGUAAGGUACACAGGGAAACGAAUCCCCCAAGUUUCGAUCUCGGUGAAUGGUGCCUGGAGAAUUUCUUAGACAUGCGAGCACUCGAGAGGGCACGUAUCCAUCGGCUACAAGUGGCAUCGUUCCUAGUCGAUGAAGCGAAGAUGGCGCCGACUAUUGUAUCAGUGAUGGACCCGGACACUGUACGCAAAGCCUUGGCGAUCGCGUUGUGCACUCACACUGCUAUCUGGUGUACUGGUGACCAGUACCGAACUGUGCAUGAGAACGCUCCUGGACUUUUAUCAGCAACGAGCCCCUUGGUCGACGAAUGUUAUGAGUGGAUCGUCUACUCUAACUUUCACUCUGCGGGAGGGAAGCAAUACUUCCAAACAGCGACGGCAAUCAAAGCGGAAUGGCUAGCAGAACUUCCCUUUUUCCAGGACACACGAUUGCCAAAGAAGAAAGAUGAGGAUCAGACGCUCCGACAGCCCAACGUCAAAGACUCCCUUGACAGCGCGAGAGCCAGAAUUAAAGCAUCAAAGAAAGAGUAG